AGCAAUCGUUUCUUCUCAACAGAUCACAAAAGCUGAUUUAGAACAGCGCCAUCCUCAGCUUGAUUAUGUUUUCACAUUGGCACAGAAUUUGAAAAAUAAAGCUUCCAGUUCAGAUGUGAGAACAGCAAUCACAGAAAAAUUGGAAAAGGUCAAGAACCAGUGGGACAGCACUCAGCAUGGAGUCGAGUUAAGGCAGCAGCAGCUGGAGGACAUGACCAUCGACAGCCUACAGUGGGAUGACCACAGGGAGGAGACCGAAGAGCUGAUAAGAAAAUAUGAGGCUCGGCUCUAUAUUCUUCAGCAAGCACGGCGGGACCCCCUUAUCAAGCAGAUUUCUGAUAAUCAGAUAUUGCUUCAAGAACUGGGCCCUGGUGAUGGCAUCAUAAUGGCGUUCGAUAAUGUCCUGCAGAAAUUGUUGGAAGAAUACAGUAAUGAUGACACAAGAAAUGUGAAAGAAACAACUGAGUACCUGAAAACAUCAUGGAUCAGUCUCAAACAAAGGUAAUGUGAAGGCCCUGGCAGAUGAGAGUUUGAUU